UGUCUUGCACCGAUCGGUCAACAAGAUCUUUUCCCUCAACAUGCCAUGGACAGCAGCCGAGCCCUCGCCGAACACCGUCAGCCGGCCCCUGGGCCCCAACGAGGUGUUCAUCAAGCUGGUCAGUGAUCCCGGCCAUCCGCUGGGUCGCGAACACUGGGCUGUCAACUACACGGCCACCGUCCAUCCUCGCGGCGCAUUCGCGGCCUUGACGGGCCCGCGCGACCUGCUCCCCCGGCUGAUCCGCCACAGUUGGCUGCAUCUGCGCUUCCAGCACCCCAGUCUGGCCGCCCACCCGGAUGCCUCCAACUCCCAGCUGGUCUACACCGUGCCCGGCUCGGCAGAGGCCCUGAGCGAAUGGGCAUCCGAGACCUUUCUCGUGGUGGCCGAGGCCAAGUGCGCCGACGAGGUGAUCCCCACCAUUGCACCCGCUCCGGACGCCCGGCUUUACUACAUUCCCCGGUCGGGGGAACUCCUGCUGCACAGCGCACAUUGGCGCAUGGACGGAGUCGGCGGUCUGCUCCUCCUGGGUCAGCUGGUGGAUCUGAUGGUCUCCCAUGCCGACUCCCUCCUGUCCCGGAACCUCCCAGAUCCGUUCGAUUCCUUCCCUUGGGGGUCGGAGGUCGCAAGACUGUCGCCGCCGGUCGAAGAGGCCGGGAACAUGCCUCUCGCCGCCAGCGACGAGCAGAAGGCCGUCGCCCACGGGGCCGUGGGCACCUUCGCCCGAGCGGCGGGAGCCCUCGGGGUGCCCUAUACCGGGGAUGCCUCGACCGUUCCCGCCGGCACGCUGGCUGUCGAGCUCACGUUCUCGCCCGCCACCACGUCCGCCGCCGUGUCCGCCGCCAAGGCCCGCGGCGUGGGCAUCACGGCGGCCCUACACGCCAGUCUGGCCGCGGCCAACUUCCGGCGCGCCAUCACCGAGCACCGCGGCCGCCACUACACCAGCACCAUCAAGCAGUCGCUGCGGCCGUAUCUCCCGGAGCCCUACUCGACCCCCGCGGCGGCGGCCGGGUUGUUUACCUCCGGCUGGUUGGCGCGAGUCGACCCCUCCGGCACCUGGCAGGAGAACGCCCGCAUGUAUCACGCGGAGUAUCAGAAGGGCAUCAGCCCCGAGUACCUGCAGGCGCACCGCGAAUAUGCGUCCACUCUGGUCGACGUGAUUCGAAAGCUGCCGACGCCGGCGGAACCGCCCAGCGACGUCGAUAUCAGCAGCAUGGGCGUCCUAGAAAAAUAUUUGCAGCGUGAGUACGGGACCCCGGAGCGGGGGUUUGGCAUCGCGCAUGCCGGCGUGGGCGUGGAGAUGCUUUCGCGCCAGGGCGUGGUCUUUGUGUGGACGUUCCGUGAUCAGCUCACGCUGCGGCUGGUGUAUAACGAGGCCUUUCAUACUCCGCAGCAGAUGAGGGAGUUUCUUCUCGACGUGCAGGCGGACUUGUUAAAGGAAUUGGAAGUCACGCAAUAGCCACUGCUGCUUGGAAGGAUGGUGUUUAGAGUAUUUUGACACAUGGGCGUCCUGAGGAAUACAAUUCUAUCACAGAAUGGAUGGAGUGCUCGUAUAGAACUGGAAGAUGUACAUCGUCGACAUUAGGGGCUCCUGGGAUGGCGAGAGCAGUCUCGAUGGGCGGCCUGACAAAUCGGGCGGCGGAUGAUUCAGCGCCUGACGUCACCUGCCGGGGAUGCCUGAACGGCCCAAAGAGGCAGGCGAGUCCGGCGGCCGCUGAGUCAGGCGCCUGGACCGCGGACGCUUUGAAAUGCG